CGACAAUUAAACAUUCCGAGUCGAGGCGAUGGACACUGCAAACAGAUCGGUGUCGGCGUGCUUACGUUGCCGACGACAGAAGCUCAAAUGUGGAGGUCCCGGCAAAGUCCCUUGUGCGAGGUGCAAAGCGAGCCGCGCUGAAUGUGUCUUUGUGAACCCCCGGGCAUCGCGUGCCUCGAGCAGGUCUAGGCACAUUGCUGAAGAGUUAGAUGGUAAAUGGUCUGCUUUGGAACAGCGGAUGAAUAGCUUGGAGGAGAGGCACCAGAAAGAGUUGAGAGAACUACAAAGCACCGUCUCUCGACUGUGCGCCCGGCUGGAAUCUAGUACAAGGAAUGGGUGUGAGGUGUCAUUGUCGAAUGAUGAGCUGCUCGCUGCGAAUCGAGCCAAGGAUACGGCCUCAUUUGACAUCGUGCGCUGCGGUACGGUUACUGAGGAUGAGUGGGAAGAGCUUUAUGAUUUCUUCGAUGAGCACUGCCGGACAGUCAUUGCAUUCAUGGAUGACCAGCUCUACUCGGCGGCGCACGUCAUCCGCAAACAACCUCUGAUGGCGACACUGAUCUGCGUCAUUGCAUCCAGGGCAGUCCGUCCUGAGAAUCACGCCACCUAUCUUGUCGCAGCAGAUCAGAUAAUUAGCACCACGUUCUCUGGCGCCAUAGAUCUAUACACUGUCCAGGCCAUGAUGCUUCUCGCCGCCUGGACUGGCAGGCAUCGUCUAUGGGGAUAUGUAGCUUCUGUCGCCGUGGAACUAGGCUUGAAUGCGGCCGCGCUAAAAUUGGGAGAUGGUUCUGUCGAACACACAGCAGAGUUGGUCAGCUCAGCAAGAACGUGGUUCUCCUUGUGUUGCUUUGACCUAAUGAUCAAUCUUGAUCGACCAUUUGUCCUUUACGAUAUUAUGGACUACCUGCCUGUUGCUUCUCAGCUUCUACUUUCUCCCCACUGCAGACCGGUGGAUUACCGACUUUGCGCGUAUUUGCAGGGGUUUUCAAUUACCGCCGAAGCCAAAACGCAAAUAGCCAGCGCAGAAUUGCGACUCGAUCCACUCCCUGAUAGUGUUGCUCAGAAAUUGAGAGCCCUUGAUCAGAAAAUUGAUCGCUGGUUCUACCAUAUCAACAACAGCAUGGAGCCGCUCUACCAGACCUUUGCUAAGAAGCAAGACCGGAAUCGCUUUAUGGUUCCCUACGCUUUUUUAAAGAUUUACGUGAACGGUCUUGCUUUGCACGGGAAGGAGUCUCAACACGGAAGCGCAGAUACCGACAGGAUGGCGUUCAUUCAGAAAGCUCUGGACAGCGCAUAUCUUCUGCUCCAAACUCAAUUUGAGUCGAAAGAAUUCCGACAAAUGCUGCCGUAUUCGGGAGACUAUAAUCUCGUGACUACGUACUAUGCUAUAGAGUUCAUGUCCAAAGCUCUCAAGGUUGCUAGUGGAGCUGUGAAUUGCGGGCUGGUGCUUUCGAGACUACGACAGGGGGUCCAGCUGCUGGAAGAGGCCGGGACUGCGGAAUCUGCUGCCAAAGCUCGAAACGGGUUGCGAGUGCUGGAGCAGGUGAUGCGGACUUCUCUACCCCCAGAAGGUCUUGUGGGAGGAAUAGAUCAAGAUGCGGGCGAGUCUCUUUUUGACAUUCCAAAUCUUUUGGAUGAAUGAUUCAAGAAGAUGUGCGCCAGUGUUACGAAGGACGAAAAUCAACUAGAGUGCUGGUCCAG